AUGGCUCGUGUAUCUCAAUUCACUGAAGAAUUUGAUGCUACCUUCACUUCCUUCCCCGGCCUUGAACGCCCAAUCACAUUGGUCGAUGAAAAGAACGCCCUGAGGACCUCCACCGAAUCAGUGGCCAACACCAAGACCACCACAAACGUCUUCGCGGGCGCAUUCAAAGCUGCCCGCCGCCUCUGCGCUUCCUAUAAGUGUCAUUUCAACGAACUCCUGACCUGCAACUUCCGCCAGGGCAACACCCAUGAUGACGACAAGAGCAUCGAAGCCGGCUCGAUCUUUACUGCAUCAUAUGGUGCGGCCCCGACCUCUGCAGAAGAACUCGAACAACAAUCCAGACGAAACAAGCUCUCCGCUAUCUUUGGUCUUCUUCUUGACGACGAUUCAUCUGCGUUUACUGCCUACAACGCAAAGAAACAACCGACCACCGCAAUCACAAAGACGCAGGCUACCGCUACGCUACGAACACCUGAUGCUCCCACUUUCUGGGGCCAGGUUUGUGUUACCAAGGGAGAUACAGCGGAAGUUAUUAUGACCGGCUACGAGUCGGAAAUUGAGAAUAUCGACAACAAUACCAAUGCUGAGCUGGAGUUUCUCGCAUACCUUGGUGUCGUCGACUUUAAGACUGGGAAAUAUUAA